GACGGAGCUUUCCCUUUGUUGUUGUUUGUGGGCUGCUGCUAAGAACAAACUUUACACGUAAAUAAAACUAAUUGUCUUAAUUAAUUGGCUUGAGCUAAACAAAGAGGUGCGAUUUAAUCAAAAGCCAGGAAGGUAUUCGAAAUCUAGGCGACGAAACCCUUCUGAGGUAACAAGGCCACAAUGCGACGCAAUGCGCGCCAUCAAAAUCACCACCUGGAGGACGUGGAUCCCGACGAAGUGGAAGAUAUCUUUGCCCGUCCCGCAUACGAUGACGAUGAGUUCGAGGACCUGCUCCCACUGGCCAGAAGGCCAAAUGGACACGCCCGCCUAGGGCGCUACGAGAAUACACUAGAAGUGAAGGUCCAGGAGGGCGACACUCUGCAAGCGCUGGCCCUUCGUUUCCAUUCCUCCGUGGCCGACAUCAAGCGGCUUAAUAAGAUCGAUCGCGAAAACGAGAUACAUGCACAUCGGGUCAUCCGCAUUCCGGUUACCGUGCACAACGUCCUGCUAGGCAACGGAGGCCUUGAUGCUCUGCCUGCCGUCCACCAGAGCGGGAACAAUAGUCCCAGGCACAACCUUGAACGAGAACCAGCCCCCGAACGCAAUCCUCUUGAAGAUGCGCGUCAGAUGCUGGACGAGCGGCUCCUGGUGGCUUCCGUAAACGCUUCCGGAGCCAUAGAUCCCGACCAGCCAUCCACAAGCAGAGCGGCAAGACAGUUCUACGAGGGAGCCCAGGGUGCGCCCAAUGAUGAAGCCAAUAUGGAGCAACCCUUCGAGGAAAACGCUGCUCUGCUUAACCACAUGAUGGUGGACAGACAUGCUCCGCUGGUGCGUCCCAUCCCUGGUCCCUCUUUGAGUGCCAUAGACUGGUCUGGAUCGGAUUGCGAUUUGUCCUGGAUCUGCCUGCUGAUCUUUAUACUCGCCUUGUGUGUCGUCAUACCGCUGGUCUACGUCAUCUACCUGGCGGAGCAUCCGCAUCACAAUCACAGCGCCCAGUAGUUGGGCUUAUGCCUCACAAGAAGGGAUCAUCAUUCCAAAUGUACAAGAAACUUAUCACCUGUCACUCUUUCACUCUCCUCAAAUCAGCCUGACGCAUUCAAAAUGCAGACCCAGGCGACGGAAUUUAUUUUUUAUACCUAAACAAAUAUCUUUUUAUUGACUGUUGUCAAGAAAAAUAAGAAUUUUGUAUACUAUACUUCUUCUUUAAAUACCUAUUUUGGUGCUUCGAAGUUGCGUAGAAAUAAUUAUACUAUGCUAAACAUCACUCCUGUCAGCCAAACAUAAUUGCACGACCCCUAGAUCCGACUGUAUUGUGAAUAUUCGUAACCCCCGCAAGUUUUAAUUCUCUAAAUGUAUGUUUUAUUGAGUACAAUUAUGUAACAUUUAAACUAGUACGGGUGACGUAUGGGUAUUAUUAUUCAGCUGAAAUUGGGAAUAGUUUCGCUUACGCCUAAAAAAUACAUAAAGCAUAUCUUAGAGCUAAAUAAAUAGUAUCCAUGGAUAGAAGAAUUAUGUAAUAGUAAAUACGAACUAAAAUUAACGAUGGCACACAUUGAGUGCCAAUUAAAGUUAAGUACAUCA